CCUCAGCAAGCCAUGUCCUACCAGAACAAAAUCCUUCGCACUGCGAACGCCCCUCUCACCGCUCCUUCAGACAUAGAGCAGCAGAUCGCUCAGGCGCUGCUUGACCUCGAGACCAAUGUUCCCGACCUCAAAACUGAGCUCCGCGCUCUUCAAAUCUCUGCUGCUCGCGAGGUCGAUGUGAAGGGAGGUAAAAAAGCCGUGGUCAUCUUCGUACCCGUUCCUAUGAUCCGGGCAUUCCACACCGUCCAACAGAGGCUCACUCGUGAACUCGAGAAGAAGCUCUCCGACCGAUACAUCGUCUUCCUCUCCCAACGUCGUGUCCUCCCCAAGCCCAAGCGUAACUCCGUGUCUGCCCAAAAGCAAAAACGUCCCCGUUCCCGUACUCUCACCGCUGUCCACGAGAAGAUGCUCGAGGAGAUGGUCUGGCCAUCAGAGAUCACUGGGAAGAGGACGCGUGUGGCCCAGGAUGGUAGCAAGUUGAUCCGAGUCUAUCUCGACCCCAAAGAACAAAACUUGCUGGAGUACAAGCUUGACACUUUCUCCUCUGUUUACAGGGUGCUCGCUGGCAAGGAUGUCACCUUUGAAUUCCCGAUCAAUUCCGCGGAGUGAUACAUUGUUCAUGCAUUGAUACGACAUUA